UCAUACUUCGCCGUGCCCGCGCACCGGCGACCCGCCUGUCAUCCAUGUUGUCUAUGUGAUCAAGCUGUCAUCAACCGGUCCGGUUUAUUAAACUACACAUUACUCUCGGAAUUACACCAUUCUGCCAUUACGUGAAGGCUACAUAACGCCAGGGAGACCUUGUCGGGGCUAUUUAGAUUUUUUACUGCGGACAGAAAAGAAGAUAAAGUUGAUGAGAGAUGACUGCGAGCCGGCCGGCUGAGUAGAGGAACGGGAGCCGCCCCCUCUGCCACCUGCAGCCAUGAAUAGUGACCUCAGUGUGUGGGCUAUCUCUCCAGAAGAGAGGAACAAACAUGAUAAACAGUUUGACACCCUCUCUCCCACCAUGGGCUACGUCUCAGGGGAGCGGGCCAGGAAGUUCUUCUUGCAGUCGGGUCUUCCCUCCUCGGUUCUUGCAGAGAUAUGGACGCUGGCUGACAUGGGUAAGGAUGGGAAGAUGGACAGGUUGGAGUUCUCCAUCUCCAUGAAGCUCAUUAAGCUCAAACUGCAGGGCCGCCCCCUUCUCUCAACUUUACCAAUCAUCAUGAAGCAACCGCCAGUGCCCGCCCCUAACCCCUCCUCUACGGACGCCAUGUCUGCCUUGCGCUACGGAACGGGUGCCGUGCCAAACCUUUCCAUGAUGCCCAGAGGCAUCGCCAUGCUCACCCCUAACCUCUCACCCAUGACACCUAUGAGCGGCCUCACCCCCAUGAUCCCAACAGCUACAGGCAUGGCCCCCCUGGUUUCCACGUCAACGAUGCCCAUUCCCUUGCUGCCGUCCAUUGGCAGCCCCGCUUUGCCCAACGGCACUAUGGGUAUUCUACAGCAAUUCCCACCAGGGUACAUGGGGUCAGGCAUGACUCUCUCUGCACCGUACGUAUCCUCUCCUCUGGGUCUCUCUGCACCGUACGUAUCCUCUCCUCUGGGUCUCUCUGCACCGUACGUAUCCUCUCCCCUGGGUCUCUCUUUUGGGAUCAACAAAGCUACAUCACUGUUGGACUCAAGCAGCUCCAACUCGUCCUCCACCACCUCCCUGGCAGGUAGUUCUCCGAAGACCGCUCCCUCUGACUGGGCCGUGCCUCACGCCUCGCGUCUCAAAUACAGACAGCAGUUUAACAGCCUGGACAAGCACAUGACGGGAUACCUCACAGGUCCGCAAGUGAGGAAUGCCAUGGCAACCACUCUGCUCACUCAUACACAGCUGGCCACCAUCUGGUCCCUGGCUGAUGUAGAUAAGGAUGGGACGCUAAGAGGAGAGGAGUUUAUUCUGGCCAUGCAUCUAGUGGACGUGGCCAAGACCGGACGACCCUUACCACACACACUACCGACAGAUCUAAUUCCACCAUCAGAGAGGGGUUCUGUGAAUGGAACCAGUUUGUCUCUCUAUGCUGGCAUCACAGAAGAACUGGAGGCUGAGCCACCACAGAAAACCAAAAACAACCUGUCAUUUGAGGAUAAGUUCAAGGCCAACCUGGAGCGAGGGAACGCAGAGCUGGAAAGAAGACAGGCUCUGCAGGAUGCACAGAGGAGAGAGGAUGAGAAACGCCAGCAGAAGGAGACGGAGGAACGAGAGAGGAGAGAGAGAGAGGUCAGGGAGCAAGAGGAGAGGAGGAGGAAGGAGGAAGAGAGGAGGAUGGAGCGGCAGAGGGAGAUGGAGAGACAGGAAGAGGAGGAGAGGCUGAAGGAGAUGGAGAGAAAAGAGGCGGCGCAGCGUGAGCUGGAGCUCCAGAGGAAGGAGGAGCUGGAGAGGAGGAGGAGAGGAGAGCUGCAGCGCCAGAAGAGUCAGGAACAGGAAGACGUCAGCCAACUAAAGGCCAGAAAGAGCAGUCUGGAGAUGGAGUUGGAGGCUGUGGGUAACAAACACAGACAGAUCUCUGAGCGGCUGCGGGAUGCUCAGAGUAGAAGGAAGGUGCAACGCAGUGAGCUGGAGCUGGCCAAUCAGAGACGAGACACAGCCAGACAGGAUAUCAACUCCCUGCAGAGACAACUAGAGGAGAACCAGAGGAAGCUGUCCCAGCUGACUCCAGAACAGCAGAGACUCAGUGACAAACUGAAGGACAUGGCCCUCAACAACCUGCCAGUCUCCACCAUAUCCACUCUCAAACACAGCACCAGCGAGAAGGACGGAGCCUGUCGUGACCUGAAGCAACAGCUGGAUGCUCUGGAGAAAGAGACGGCUGCUAAACUGGCUGACAUGGAUCAUUACCUGAAGGACAUACAGGAACUGAGAGAGAACCAGCGGAAGCAGCAGUCGGCUCUGGAUAAACUACGGAGCAUCAAAGAGGACAAAGGGAGAGAACUGGAGAGACAGAGAGAGCAGGAGGCGAGGAAGAGGAGGGAGGUGGAGGAGGAGAGGAGAGAGGAGGAGGAGGCCAAAAGGCGUAUUAAGCUGCAGAAGGAGCGUCAGUGGCAGGAGAAGCUGAAGAGAGAGGAGGAGGAGAGACAGAGGAGGCUGCAGGAAGAGAGAGAGGCCAAACUGAGAGAGGAGGAGGAGAAGGAGACACAAGCCCGCCUCUUAGCUGCUAAAGAAAAGGUAGAACGAGAAAGCAGAGAGGAGGAGAGGAGGAGACAGGAGGAAGAGGAGAGGAAAAGGAGGGAGGAGGAGAGAAGACAGGAGGAAGAGGAGAGGAAGAGGGAGGAGAGAAGACAGGAGGAAGAGGAGAGGAAGAGGGAGGAGAGGGAGGAAGAGGAGCAGAAGAGGUUAGAGGAGGAGAGGGAGGUUGAGAAGAAAAGGCAGGAAGAGGUGGAGAGCAAGAGGUGUGAGGAGGACAAGAAGAGAUUGAAGAGGAAGGAUGAGGAGAGGAGGAGGCAGCAGGAGGAAGAAGCGAGGAAGCUGAAAGAAGAAGCGAAGAGGAAGCUGGAGGAGGAGAGGAGGAGCAGAGAGGAGGAGGUGGCGGCGUUGCGCCAGCAGGGGCGUGCAGGGAAGACCGACAUCCAUGACAAACUGUCAGCCCUUCUUGGAGGUCUAGAGGAGAGGAAAGGCGGUCUGAAACCCCAGGCCACAGAGCACAGGAAGUCUGCGAUGCUCACUUCCUUCCGGGCGCUCUACCCUUUCACCGCUCGCAACCUGGAAGAACUCAGCUUUGAAGCUGAUGAGGUCAUUGAGGUGGAUGAGAGUACGGAGCGAGAGCAGGGUUGGCUGUACGGGAGUCGUCAGGGGAAGAUGGGCUGGUUCCCAGAGAGUUAUGUAGAGAGACAGUUCAAAUCAGAGAGACCUGCUACUGUUACUACAACUACCACUGCUGGUGCUACUACUGCUGUUUAUGCUGCUAAACAGGCCCUCAGACCACAGCUCUCCACCCCCAUCAACACAGGGAAACCCGGGGGAGAUGCUUCUAUGUCAACAGGACAGAACUCCGCCUUCACGCCUACACAUGCCCCUCACCCCACCCCCUCGGAGCAGGUGGUGGGUAACCUGCAGGCCCAGGCUCUUUGUUCGUGGACUGCUAAGACAGAGAGCCAUCUGAACUUCAGCAAGGAUGAUGUGAUCCGGGUGCUGGUGCAGCAGGACAGCUGGUGGCUGGGGGAGCUCAACGCGGUUCAGGGCUGGUUCCCCAAAACAUAUGUCACACUCCUGGGAGACAAUGACAACACCACUGCCCUGACGUAUUCUCCCCCAGAUGAAGUGGAGUCCUCAGAUGCUCAACAGGAAGAGUACAUGGCGCUGUACACCUAUGAGAGCCCAGCGCAUGGCGACCUGACGUUUAGAGAGGGUGAUGUGAUCCUGGUGACCCAGAGAGAGGGAGAGUGGUGGAGCGGAGGCAUCGGAGACCGCACUGGAGUGUUCCCUUCCAACUACGUCAAACCCAAAGAGACCAACACAUCCAGCAGCCCAGGGAAGCCAGGACAGCCUGGGAAGAAGCCAGAGAUAGCCCAGGUGAGCACUGCCUACACGGCCACAGGAACAGAGCAACUCAGCCUUGCACCAGGACAGCUCAUCCUCAUCCUCAGCAAGGAUUCCUCCGGCUGGUUGCUCGGAGAACUGCAGGCGCGAGGAAAGAAGCGUCAGAAGGGUUGGUUUCCUGCCUCACAUGUCAAAAUGCUGGGAUCUAACAGCGGCAGGUCCACACCAGCACCUCUACCAGUGUGUCAGGUCAUUGCCGUGUACGACUACAAAGCAGCCAACGAGGAUGAGAUGAGCUUCUCCAAAGGUCAGAUGAUCAGUGUGUUCGACAAGAACGACCCCGAUUGGUGGAAAGGAGAGGUCAAUGGGAUCACCGGUCUGUUCCCAACCAAUUACGUCCAGAUGACCACCGUCGACUCCGAUCCCAGCCAGCAAUGGUGUGCUGACCUAAACAGUCUGGAGUCUAUGAGUCCCCAGGAGAGGAAGAGACAGGGUUACAUCCACGAGCUCCUCCAGACAGAGGAGAGAUAUGUAGAGGACUUACAGAUAGUCAUGGAGGUGUUCCAUAAGCCCAUGUCUGAGUCUGGCCGUCUGACGGAAGCAGAGAUGGUCAUGAUCUUUGUCAACUGGAAGGAGCUCAUCGCCUGCAACACCAAACUGCUGAAGGCCCUGCAGGUACGUAAGAAGACGGGGGGCGUCAACAUGCCUGUCCAGGUUAUAGGUGACAUCUUGACGUCAGAGCUGCCUCACCUCCAGCCUUACAUCCAGUUCUGCUCCUGUCAACUCAACGGAGCGACCCUGCUACAGAGUAGGACUGACAACCAACAGGACUUCAAAGACUUCCUCAAGAAAAUCGCCACAGACUACCGCUGUAAAGGUAUGCCCUUAUCCAGCUUCCUGCUGAAGCCCAUGCAGAGGAUCACACGCUACCCUCUACACAUCAAGAACAUCCUGGAGAGUACCCAGGAGGAGCAUGCAGACUGCAGGCCCCUGAGAGAGGCUCUGGAGCGGGCUGAGGAGCUGUGUACUCAGGUCAACGAGGGGGUCAGGGAGAAGGAGAACUGUGACAGGCUGGAGUGGAUACAGUCACACGUACAGUGUGAGGGAGUCACAGAGAACCUGGUGUUUAACUCUCUGACUAACUGCCUGGGGCCUCGUAAGCUGCUCCACAGUGGGAAGGUGUAUAAGAUGAAGGGCAAUAAGGAGCUGUGGGCUUUCCUUUUUAACGACUUCCUGUUGCUCACCCACGCUGCCAGACAGUUCAGCUCCUCGGGACCGGACAGACUCUUCACCAGCAAGAACAGCACACAGCUUAAGAUGUACAAGCCGCCGGUGUUCCUCAACGAGAUUCUAGUGAAGCUGCCUGACUCCUCCAGUGAAGAGCCCUUCUUCCACAUCUCCAACAUAGACAGAGUCUACAGCCUCAAAACAGAGAACAUCAACGAGAGGACGGCCUGGGUCCAGAAGAUCAAAGCUGCGUGUGAGGACUUCUUCCAGAUGGACAAGAAGAAGAGAGCAAAGGCCUACCAAUCUCGUUCUCUGAAGGCCAGUGGAAUCGGCCGUCUGUUAGUCACCGUCCUGGGGGCCACUGAACUGAAGUCCAGCAAACCCAACGGUAAGAGUAACCCUUACUGUGAGGUGACCAUGGGAGCUCAGAACUACACCUCCAAGACUCUGAGUGACACAGUCAACCCCAAGUGGAACUUUAACUGUCAGUUCAACAUCAGAGACCUGUACCAGGAAGUGCUCUGCAUCACCAUCUUCCAGAGGGAGCAGUUCUCCCCUGACGACUUCCUGGGUCAUACGGAGGUUCCCGUGGCAACCAUAAAGGAGGAGUUGGAGAACAAGGGGCUAGUGACACGCCACUUGCCGCUCCAUGAGGUCCCCACUGGAGAGGUGUGGGUCUGCCUCGACCUGCAGCUCUUCCAAAACAGUGCAUCCAAAUAAGGACAUCCUGGCCAACACUGGACGGCCAAAUAAGGACAUUUGGCCAACACUUGACGCCCAAAUAAGGCCUUCUUGACCUGCAGCCACAUGGGGAGGGACUUGUUAUAUAAUGUAUCUAACUGCUGGUCUUGGGUCAGAUACUUAUUAAUCCUGCUAAUGGUUAAGGUUGGGAUCUGGGGUUGGGCCGGGGCUAACUUUUACCUGGAGCUGCAAUGGUGAUGGGGAACCCUCCCUCCUCGUCUUGAGGUCAGACCAUUCUUAGCAAUGAUCUGAGGACAGUUUAGUCUUUUAGGACAGUUUACACACCAGUGUGACUGGUGGUGAGCAAGGUUGGGUUAGUGUAAAGCUGAUCCUAGAUCUGUAGUGGUUCUACUUGUAUCAGCACUAACACUGAUUGGCUGCCUAUGCUCUCCUCUGCUACGGACUGGUUCCUCAUUCUGCCAAGUUUUUAUUUUGUUAACUCAACCCAGGCCAAUGUUGGACCAAACUAUUUAUUUAGUGAAGGAUCGUCGUCUUAACUCUAUAUUUGUUCAAGCUAAGAUGUUGUUUGGGAAGGUAAAUACCAGGUCAAAUGAGGAGGGAGGUUAGGAAAGUGUUUCCUGUCAUGAAGGGUCUCACGUCCAGCGAUUAAACUAUCUCAGGACUUGUUUUCCCUGCUGGGCGAUUUAUAUUACUGCAUCAUAACCGGCUGCUUUUCUUUUAUCUCAGUCUGGUGGCACAGAUCUCCUAAUUAACGGUAGUUUUAAAACCAACUUUCUUUGCAGUAUAAAUGUUCUGUCAACCUUAAGGAGAUCUUGUUCUUUAGUUGUGGUGUAGUUGCCUUAGAAACACUCUAAAAGGAAAACGGGUCUUUAGUUUUACUCCACUCCUCCUUUUCAUGAAGAGGUUUAGACUGCAGGAACAUGUGUGUUUCCGUUUGGCUUUUUAAAUCAUAGUGAAUAAGAUGAUAUGGACAGAGGGGGGACCUGAUCCUAGAUCAGCAAUAGCCUGGUCCCAGGUCUGUUUGUGUUUUUGCCUACUCCAAUGUCAUUGUCAAGUCAGACUUCAUGUUCUGCAUGACGAUUCCAUAAGGAGUUGGCCAGAGAGCAGUAACAGACUGGCACCCAGGCUAGAUCUGCACUGCUACUCUGAGACACUCAGUGAAUAUGGACCCAGAACCCUCCAGUGGCUCUCUAACCACUAGCUCCACCCAGGGGUGUGGUCACAGAACCCUCCAGUGGCUCUAUAACCACUAGCUCCACCCAGGAGUGUGGUCACAGAAGCCUCCAGUGGCUCUAUAACCACUAGCUCCACCCAGGGGUGUGGUCACAGAAGCCUCCAGUGGCUCUAUAACCACUAGCUCCACCAAGGGAUGUGGUCACAGAACCCUCCAGUGGCUCUAUAACCACUAGCUCCACCCAUAGGUGUGGUCACAGAACCCUCCAGUGGCACUAUAACCACUAGCUCCACCUAGGGGUGUGGUCACAGAACCCUCCAGUGGCUGUAUAACCACUAGCUCCACCCAGGGGUGUGGUCACAGAAGCCUCCAGUGGCUCUAUAACCACUAGCUCCACCCAGGGGUGUGGUCACAGAAGCCUCCAGUGGCUCUAUAACCACUAGCUCCACCCAGGGGUGUGGUCACAGAACCCUCUAGUGGCUCUAUAACCACUAGCUCCACCCAGGGGUGUGGUCACAGAACCCUCCAGUGGCUCUAUAACCACUAGCUCCACCCAUAGGUGUGGUCACAGAACCCUCCAGUGGCACUAUAACCACUAGCUCCACCUAGGGGUGUGGUCACAGAACCCUCCAGUGGCUCUAUAACCACUAGCUUCACCCAGGGGUGUGGUCACAGAAGCCUCCAGUGGCUCUAUAACCACUAGCUUCACCCAGGGGUGUGGUCACAGAAGCCUCCAGUGGCUCUAUAACCACUAGCUCCACCCAGGGGUGUGGUCACAGAACCCUCCAGUGGCUCUAUAACCACUAGCUCCACCCAGGGGUGUGGUCAGAGAUGACUGGUGAGCCGGAGUGGUUCUUAUUUGUUUUCAUUUAUGUGACUAUAACUAUGCAGAGGCUGUAAUCAGCCUUUCAUCACAGCAUUGUAAUCAGUGUCUGAAUAGUCUCUUAGUAGCCUUUCAUAUUUUACCACAUGAACAAAGAAAGGAUCGUGAGAAUAGUCUUUGAAGGAUAAGAGUCCAUUGAACUAAUAUAUAUAUAAAACAUGUAUUUUUAAUUAUAAUCGACAGGAAUGGACAUGAUUUAGCUGGACAGCUACAUUAUACUGAUCUACCAGAGAUGUUCGUCUUAAAUCAUUGUUUUAAUUUAAGCUGCACAAGUCUUCUAUUGGCCUGUUAUUCAUUUGAGGUUGAACUGUAAGUCCUGUGGUGUGUCGAUUAACUCUGUGUACUGAUUUACUGUGCUAACAGAGUGCAUAACUCUGUGUACUGAUUUACUGUGCUAACAGUAAAUCUGUGUACUGAUUUACUGUGCUAACAGAGUACAUAACUCUGUGUACUGAUUUACUGUGCUAACAGUAAAUCUGUGUACUGAUUUACUGUGCUAACAGAGUACAUAACUCUGUGUACUGAUUUACUGUGCUAACAGUAAAUCUGUGUACUGAUUUACUGUGCUAACAGAGUACAUAACUCUGUGUACUGAUUUACUGUGGACUGAUUUACUGUGCUAACAGAGUGCAUAACUCUGUGUACUGAUUUACUGUGCUAACAGAGUGCAUCCUACUGCCUGAUAUGCAGCGUGUUCACAAUGGGCACAGCACUCACUGAUUCUGGGUUCUCUGAGGAUAAUAAAAGGUGUUUAAAACAAA